CAACAAUCCAACAUUCACAUUUUCUCUCACAGCACCCCGCUCGGUCCCGGAUAUGGCUCAGCCAACGUUCAGCGCGAGUCAAAAGUCUGCUAACUUCUAGGACCCGCAGGAUUUCCGCGAUGGUGUCGGCACAUGCUUUGAUUCCCUGCUUGUAUCGGGGGUUCCGGACUAUCAAAGGCUGGCGUUUGAUCUCUCGUAUACGCAACCCUCUCGUCUCGAAGGAAUUAUGGAACGAUGAAAGGCCCGCGCUGUCAAAAUAUGCAGCGAAGUGAGACAACUACGCCAUUCAAGCGCCUCGAGUCCGACGGCCCUUCGCUUGUGUACUUGCCCUUCGGGACCGAGACUUUCUUCGAUGACUGGACUCAAUCGACUCCUGAGGAUUGAAAACAUAUAAAAGCAUGAGCGGAAAGCUCGAACUUCCAGAAGCACAGAACACCUACUUGACUAUCCUCGACAUCUCGAAAAAACCAGCUUGAUCAUGACGCAUCCCCUCUAUGAGGUGGUCAGGAUGUGCCUCUUCUUCGUCCCAUCCUUCUUCUGCCCUUUGACCUUCUUCUCCGACGCUCCCUUCAGGAGUCUGGAUCAUCAUGGAACUCGUUUCGCCCACCGCGCUCCUCUAUUCCCUCAUAUAUCGCCCACUUUCCUCGGAGAGUCGUCUCUCCCUCUCUCAGGCCCCCAGCUCCUCGUCAUCUCCCUCUUCCUCAUCCACUACUUCCACCGCGCCAUCAUCUCUCCGUUACGCACGCCCUCACGCUCCAAGUCGCACGCGGGCAUCCUGCUCUCGGGAUCAUCUUUCAACUCAUUCAACGGCACACUACUUGGGACGUACCUCUCCUCCGACUUUGCGCAUGAAUACUUGAAGGACGCGUUCUCCCAUCCCUUGUUCUGGGCGGGCGUCGCCGUGUGGGCGCUCGGGUUCUGGUACAACAUCGUGCACGACGAGGUGCUGCUCGACAUCCGCCGUCACGCGCAGGCAAAGGGCAAGGCGAAGAAGGGCGCGCUCGACGCGGAGAACAAGGACUACUACACGAUCCCUCACGAGUACCUUUACAGAUGGAUCUCGUAUCCGAAUUACCUGUGUGAGUGGAUCGAGUGGAUCGGCUGGGCUGCGGUGGCCGCCCCGCUGCCCGCUUUUUCGUCUCUCGGUACGGUUCUGAGCACCGUCCAUCCGCCGUGGAUCUUUGUGUGGGGAGAACUCGACCUGAUGCUACCGCGUGCGUACCGCGGACAUGUGUGGUACCAUGAGAAGUUCCCCGAGUACCCAAAGGAUCGCAAGGUUAUCAUCCCUUACAUAUACUAGUAGAGCCUUCUUCGGUCAAAUCUUUUACUGAUUGCUCGGUCUAAAAUUAUUACUUUUACUUAAAGAUCAGUUAGAGCCCAUAACGUGUACAGGCAACAUUAAGUACUGUUGCGAUAUGGCAUAUUUUUGCUUAUAACGCUUUUCAAAUAUUUAUUACUUACACCAGCUUUCCUUCUCAUUUUUACGAAUUAUUGUUCGAUAUACUUUACAAGUCCAUUCAUAUUUCUCAUUGAUGUUAUUCCUCAUCCCCGAAGAAUCUGUCUCAGACAGAUUCAAGACCCCUCAGCCAGC